CCCCUCGCCUCCCAAAACUCCCGAGCGCACGUUCUCGAAGCGAACUUUUCGAAACAAAAUAUUUCGCGUCCCGGGCCUCCCUCUUGGGCGAAUUCUGCUAUAUUAGUACAACAUAAUAAUAUACAAUAGGAAUAUGCGAUAUCCUUUCCCGGAGAAAGGCGAUCGCUCCCGUAUCCUGAGCUCCCUGCAAAAGACCUUCCAUCGCUCCUCCACCGUCCGCGCAUACGGCAAGAUUUUUCUGAUCUCGACGACGGUGACCGCGGUGUGCGUGGCUGCUAUCGACAUCGCCGGCGCUGCGAUCCGGAGGAAUUAUCGGAGAUAAGGAAGGGAACAAGGGAGGAUACAUGGUCGCGGCAGAGGGAUUGAGAAUUUGACUAGAGCUAAAGUCGCAAGGACCUGGGCAAAAAGGAAAGGAAGGAUUCAAGAUGGCGACGGGCUCGACGUACCGGCCUAUGGUGGCAUGGGUGUACGAUACCAUGCUGUGGUUGUUCUCGGUGCUGGUGGACCUGUUCUUUCGAGAGGUGCAUCCUCGAGGAUCAUGGAAGGUUCCGAAGAGGGGAGCGGUGAUUCUUGUUGCUGCUCCGCAUGCGAACCAGUUUGUCGAUUCCUUAAUCUUAAUGCGCGUUAUGCGGAGAGAGCUUCAAAGACGGGUUGCUUUUCUUAUCGCUGAGAAGUCCUUCCGGCGGAAAUUCAUUGGCUUGCUCGCCAGGGCUUCUGGUGCAGUUCCCGUGUCCAGAGCCAUGGACAACAUGAAGCCCGGCAAGGGUGUUAUAUAUCUUCCGGAUCCCGUGAACAACCCUACCUUGCUGAGAGGGAUUGAUACAAAUUUCGUAAGCCCCGAGUUUCAAGUUGGCGGCACGAUCACACUUCCGACGGUGAAUGGGCAAGCUGCUAGCACCGAUAUUGGCGAGAUACGCGGUCCCGAAGAGAUCAUUUUAAGAAAGCCGUUCAAAACCAAGGAUGCCCUCUAUCAGCUGACUGGAAGAACCGACAUCACUGCCGAUGGAGAUCUCACCAUGAAGUCUCUUAGUGGGCCCAACCCUGAUUUCAAGGGCACCAAGUUCAAGGUCGCGCCGCACAUUGAUCAAACCCAGGUCUAUAGAGCGGUUUUUGACACCUUAAACAAUGGUGGAUGCAUUGGAAUUUUUCCUGAGGGUGGCAGUCAUGACCGUCCGGAUCUGCUUCCUUUGAAAGCUGGUGUUGCGCUGAUGGCCCUCGGGGCUCUAGCUGAGAAUCCCGACUGUCCGGUAAAAAUUGUACCCUGUGGAAUGAAUUAUUUCCAUGCCCAUAAGUUCCGUUCUCGGGCGGUUAUAGAAUUCGGCAACCCCAUUGAAGUCCCUCCUGAACUUGUCAAAAUGUACAGGGAUGGGCACAGACGUGAAGCUGUGGGCUCAUUGCUGAAUACUAUCUAUCAAGGACUUGUCUCGGUGACAGUCACCAGUACAGACUAUGAGACUUUAAUGUUAAUUCAAGCCGCAAGACGACUUUAUAACUCGACAGGCAGAAAAUUGCCACUUCCGGUUGUUGUGGAACUGAACCGUCGGCUCGUUAAAGGGUAUGAACAUUACAAGAAUGACCCUAGAAUAAUAGGGGUGAAGAAGUCCGUGAUGGAAUACAACAAACAACUAUGGCUCCUUGGAGUCCGUGACCACCAAGUCGAGUACGCCAAAUUUUCGUUCAUAAAGGUGAUUACCACCUUGAUUUACCGCCUCGUCAAGUUGGCAGUCAUGGCUAUUGGGACAUUACCCGGUUUAAUCCUCUUUGCUCCAGUUUUUGUGGCCACGAAGACAAUUUCCAGAAAGAAAUCAAAAGAGGCUCUGGCAGCGUCCAGUGUCAAGAUCCAGGGCCGUGAUGUGAUGGCCACCUGGAAGCUUUUGGUUGCUUUGGCAUUCGCGCCAAUCCUAUACUUGUUUUACACUGUUGUCCUUACAUAUUGGACUUACUAUAACCGCGUGCAAGGAUACGUCCCAGGAUGGGUGCCGCUUUGGGUAGUGGUAUUAUUUGGCUUUGGAUUUUUCCCAUCCAUCACGUUCGCGGCGUUGCGCAUUGGUGAGGUAGGGAUGGAUAUCAUCAAAUCCCUGCGGCCCUUGGUGCUCUCGCUUAACCCGACGUCUGCAAAUACACUCCAUAAACUUCGGAUUCGACGCGCAGAGCUAUCUGAGCAAGUUACAACCCUAAUCAAUACCUUCGGGCCGGAACUAUAUCCCGAUUUCGACUCGACUCGAAUUGUUGCAGACCCGUUGAAGGAGGCAUUCUUCACCGACGAAAGCACGGCGAAAUCUAGACCUCAGUUAGACGGAGAAUCGAUGGAUCUCCGGCGAAUGCAGCACGGCGAGCCCGCCCAUCCUGGCGUCGAAGGCCAGCUCCCCCGCAACGAAUCCUUCCAUGAUCUUGCCAACUUUGGGUUUUUCUCCACACGGCCGCCCAGCCGUGAUAGCCAUAGCCGCAGCAGCUCCAGCGGUGGUCUGGUUGGAUCUGCGGGAUUCCCCGUAAAGUCGUUCACCACCCUGGACAGCAAAGAAAGCUUUGACGAGGUUACCAGACGCAUCCGUGGAGCGAUGCGGGAGCGCGGACGGCAGCGACGGAAGAGCGAGGAUAGUGGAUUUUCGGUGGAAAGUUCAGGGUCGCUGUCGCCGAUCCGGGUGGACUCUAGAAAGUAUAAGUGAAAGAGAUCAGGGUUAUAUAUAUAUAUAUAUAUAUAUAUCUAUGUGACGUGGGCAAGCCACGUCUUUUUGGUUUUUGAGAUGAUCAACAAUGCAGGCUCCUCGGCUGUGUUUUCUGCCUGCAUGUGUGGGUAAAUACCGUUUAGCGAAUUCCGGUUUCUUUACGCCCUGUUUGUCAAUGAGCUAUGUACGCUUGAUGUCCUUAAUCACUUUUGGCCCUUUUAAUUCUUGAGCAGGUGUUGGGUUGACAUUCUGGAUGGAGCUAUUGGUGAACGGAGAAAAGGCCUGCUUUCAUUUUUUUUUUAUUUAAUUGAGCAUGUAUGAAUACUUAUUUUUCCUCUUUCUUUCUUUUCUUUUCUUUUCUUUUUUCCCCUCUUGGAUCAUCGAGCUU